AACAAACCCUUGGCUGACAUUUCCACGAACGAACCAACAAACAACCAGUAGGCGGACCCGGUUUGAUGAGACAAGCCAUAUACAGCUAGUGCCCCUCAAUUACUCCCUAAAUCCCAACUAGCAUGUGUACCAGCAAAAGGCCGGCCAAUCCUCAUGAGCUAAGUCAGUGACAUCUCAGAGCUCGGAAUUGACUAAGCAGUGCAGCUGACAGUUGCAACCUCCUACACUCAGAAACAGGGUUAUGAUAAUCCCAGCAUGGCAGGUUUGUUAUCUUUGUUGAGCGCAAGUGUGUGCAUAUUCCUACGACCAGAUCCCAGCCAAUGGCGAGUCGGCAGUUGCUGCUGCCUUGCCGAGUUGACUUCCAGAGCUGCCGCCUAUAUGUACAGCUUAGAAUUGGACAGAGAUUCUGCAGAACAUUCGGUUCCAGCAGCAGUGUCUCCUCCUCCCGACACGCAGAAUCUGCUGUCCAAUCCAACCCAGGGGUGCCAUCAGCUGACAAUGUCGAAGAAGAUAGUGAUCAAAGCCGACCUCGUUGGCCAAAAAUGCAAGAGUAAGAUCCUGGCAGCUGUUUCCAAGCUCCAAGGGAUCAAGUCCUUGGACAUCGACGCCGAGAAGUGCACGCUGACGGUGGUGGGCACCGUGGACCCGGUGUGCGUCGCGCUGAGGCUCAAGAAGAAGUGCUUCGCGGCGUCCAUCGUCAGCGUGGAGGACGACAAGCCCAAGGACAAGGACAAGGACCCCUGCAAGGAGGCGUGCGAGAAGCUCUGCAAGGCCAAGUGCGAGAAGAUCACCUGCUGCAAGGAGUGCAAGGAGAAGUGCGAGAAGGAGUGCAAGGACAAGUGCGAGAAGGCCUGCGAGGCGUGGCUCGGCAAGGGUUGCUGCUCCUGCGGCGGCUGCAAGCCGAGGAGCCCCGGCUUCUACUGCAACCCCGUGCCCCGCUACCCCUCCCACUACGGGUGCCCCAGCAGCUACCCCUACUACGCCUGCUACGAGGAGAGGUCACCUGAUGGAGCGUGCACCAUCCAGUAGGUUCGGCGAGUUCUGCAAACCGUUCACCGGUGGAGACAUGAUGGUCUCCAGGAGUUGUGUCUUGCUUGCUUUGUCGCGUUGGUGGAUCUUUGCUCUGUGGUUUUAGUUUUUGUUCAUUGUUUUGCCCAUUGUACUAUGUGUAUGGUUUGAGACUUUGGAUGGUUCUUUCUCACUGAAG